ACACUUCUUGCAGCUUAGCUUCUCUCUCUCUAUCUCUCUACUGCUUGUGAGUUUUCACUGGGGAUGUUUCAGAACUUUCCCUCUUUGCAUCAAAAUCCGGAAACCCGUUUCCCUAUAGAGCUACUUUAAGCUCUCAUACAAGCUACCUUUGUGGUUCGUCUAAGUUCAGCUUGUUGGCCGCCAGUUGCCUACGAGUCUUUGCGAGGGUCUUAUUCAGCUAUUCUAAUUCAGUUUGGAUUUUUUUGCACGUAGUUUUUGAAUGAAUGACGAUCUCCGUUAUCAUUUCCGCACUUGAAUUUCUUUAAGUGUACCCGUGAUCCAAUAUUCCAAUUUGAUGAGUGAUUAUUGGAUAAAAUUGCUUUAAAACUUGGUUGGCACUCGCAUCAGUAUGGAUGUAGCACAUUGCUAUUUAGAUGGCAAUGCUGAUGCUGUGGAGUUCUGUCCACACAACUCAUACCACCAUGUUUUAGCAGCCUCUACAUAUACACUGAAAGAAGGCGAUCAACCAAGUCGAUGUGGAAGCAUUUCACUCUUUAAUGUUGAUGCUGAGUUAAGCUCCCUCGACUUGGUUUAUUGUGUGGAGACUUCUGGGAUAUUUGACAUAAAGUGGAAUCCGCCAGGAGUGCAUGCUAAUUAUUUUCUGGGGCAAGCGGAUGCUGAUGGGUACUUGAGAAUUCAAAAGCUGGAGGGUUGCUGUAGUGAUGCUAAAGGGGCUUCUCUAAAAGAAGUGACCAGUGAAAAAAUCAGCAAUUCAAUGUGCCUGUACCUGGACUGGAACCCUUCAGCUACAUUAAUCACAGUGGGGCUUUCUGAUGGCUCUGUAUCUAUUGUUUCCCUCUCAGAAUCCGGGCUGGAAAUACAAGAGAACUGGAAGGCUCAUGAUUUUGAACUAUGGACAACCUCCUUCGACACUCACCAACCAAAUCUGGUAUACACUGGCUCCGAUGACUGUAAGUUCAGCGGUUGGGAUUUACGUGAUAGCCCUUCUAGAAUGGUGUUUCAGAACUCCAAAGUCCAUAAGAUGGGUGUCUGUUGCAUUGCAAAGAGUCCCCAUGACCCACAUAGCUUAUUAACCGGCAGCUAUGAUGAGUCCUUGAGGGUAUGGGACCUAAGAUCCAUUUCAAGGCCAAUUAAUGAGACUUCACUUUGUUUAGGUGGAGGAGUUUGGAGGGUGAAGCAUCACCCCUUCAUCUCUGACCUGGUUUUGGCUGCCUGUAUGCACAAUGGGUUUGCAAUUACUUCCAUCAAAGGAGGGGAAGCUCAAGUUUUGGAAACUUACAAGAAGCAUGAUUCACUUGCAUAUGGAGCAGAUUGGCAGAGAGGAGAAGCAAGCCACAGUGGCGGGAAGAAGAAACCUCUUGUGGCUACGUGCUCAUUCUAUGACAAACAUGUCCGGUUAUGGAUGCCCAAAAGUGAGUUUGUGUUGUAAGUUAGUGCCUAAAGAUAAGCCUAGUUUUCCAUUAAUGGAAUACUUGCAUCUUCAUUGAUAUUAAUUGUGCCAAAUGUCCUUUUUUUGUUUUUCCUCAUGGGGCAUAAUCUUUUUGUCCAGGUCAAUGAUGAAGCUGAUUUUUUCCCUUUCAAACAUGACUGAGUUAUGUGAAUGCCUCGUCUCCAUUGUUUGCAUAUUUUAAGCUUUGUUUUUGUUUUUAUAAAUUGAUCAUUGUCUAAUGGGUCCAUUGUUCCAACUUCCCAUGGAU